AUGUUGUGGCAGAGAGCUUGGUGGGUUGACUCGGCAGCUGCUUUGAUAUUCAGCAUAUUCUUCGCCAAGGAGGGUUAUGAGAUGGUGAUAUGGGCAUCGAGCAAAAAUUUUACCGGGGGAUACAUGCACGACGAAACUAAGAAUGAUAAUAAACGAGAGAUCAGUAGUCAGGAGGUUAGUGAGCCGGUUGAAAAAUUCGAAGGCAGAGAUGAUGGUGGUGGUGAAAUUUAUACCAUUA